GCCUAGUGUUCUAGUACUCUCGCGCCGAGUACGCGGGUGCGCCCUGGUUUCGAAGCGAGCGCCGCCGGCUGGUGUCCCGUGUUCCCAGAUGCAGACAAACAACGGCACGUUGGCGGUGCCCCGGCUGCCACCGCACGACCCGGGGACGCCGGCGCUGUCGGUGGUAGAUAUGCACACGGGCGGCGAGCCCCUGCGCAUCGUGUUGGCGGGGUGUCCGGAGGUGGUGGGCCCCACGGUGCUGGCCAAGAGGCGCUACAUGCGCCAGCACCUUGACUACGUGCGGCGACGGCUCAUGUACGAGCCCCGGGGACACCGGGACAUGUACGGGGCCGUGCUGGUGUCGAGCGAGUUACCAGACGCGCACCUGGGCGUCUUAUUCCUGCACAACGAAGGCUACAGCUCCAUGUGCGGUCACGCCGUGCUGGCGCUGGGCCGCUUCGCGCUGGAUUUCGGCCUGGUGCCGGCACCUCCAGCCGGCGCCCGCGAGGCCCGCGUCAACAUCCACUGCCCGUGCGGGCUGGUGGCCGCCUUCGUGGAGUGCGAGGGCGGCCGCAGCUGCGGCCGGGUGCGCUUCCACAGCGUCCCGGCCUUCGCCCUGGCCACAGAUCUCCUAGUGGAUGUUCCUGGUCACGGACAGGUGGUAGUGGACAUUGCAUAUGGUGGCGCUUUUUAUGCCUUUGUGAGUGCCGAAAAGUUAGGGCUGGAUGUUUGUUCUGCAAAGACAAGGGACCUGGUGGAUGCAGCAAGUGCAGUCACAGAAGCAGUGAGAGCUCAGAUUAAAAUCACUCAUCCUGACAGUGAAGACCUUGCCUUUCUAUAUGGAACUAUAUUAACAGAUGGCAAAGAUACUUACAGUGAGGAUCCAACCACCAAUAUUUGUGUGUUUGCAGAUGAACAGGUUGACAGGAGUCCUACCGGCUCAGGAGUGACAGCCCGAAUUGCCUUGCAGUACCACAAAGGGCUUCUAGAGCUGAACCAGACCAGAGCCUUUAAAAGCAGUGCAACUGGCUCAGUCUUCACAGGGAAGGCUGUGAGGGAAGCAAAAUGUGGUGAUUUUAAUGCUGUUAUAGUGGAAGUAUCCGGACAAGCCCAUUACACAGGUACAGCAAGUUUCAUAGUAGAAGGCAAUGACCCACUGAAGGAUGGAUUUCUUCUCAAGUGACUUCUAUGACUUUUAAGGGCUUUCUUUUUAAAGCAAUUAUUUUCUAUAAGUAAUUUUUCUUUAAUUAUGCAGAAACCUAUAUCCAAAUUGUACAUAUAAGCCAACUUCCAUUCUUUCUAAAAUAGGACUCUGGCUAAAUAUGAGGUUAUUAUACCUCAUAUUAGCAUAUAUUUAGGUAUAAAUCCCAUGUCUAGGAUACACUAUGCCAAAAAUUCAAAAUAAUUUUCUAGUUAUUAACAUAUCAGGUAAAACGAAAACCUUAGUUCUUCUUUUAAAAAAUUACUGUAUGGUAAUUACUAUAAUAUUCUUUCUCAUUGCUCUUUGUAUACUAGGUUAAAUUGUAGCCCUCAAAACAAUGACCCUUACCGGUUCAUGAUUUUAGUCUUCCAGUUUUUGAGUAAAAUAAUGCCCUCUCUCUAAGUUGUUUGUAAGGGAGAUGGAUUAUUGUAGGGCAGUCACACUUCCUAUACAUAACCUGGGAGCAGGUGGGUGGGCCAGCUUCUCGGGGUCCGUGUUAUAGGGGUUGCCAUGUGUUCUCUGUCCUGCAAAAGCCAGCUCUACCCCAGGGGCCUGAAGUCAUAACUUGAGGUGAGGAGACCAACUUAUAAUUAGACUUUCGAUAUAUCUUUAAGGCUCUUAUAAAAAGGACUGUGUGCUGCAUUGUUGAAAUAUGGGUCCAUAGUAGAAAUCAAUCAGUGAAUCACUACAGUGGGAUAAGUCUCAAACCCUACCAAUUGCAUGCCAGGUAGAUUUAAAACAUGAAAGAAAUGUUAACUCUUGGUAUUCUUGCUAGUAAACUGUCUGUGAGCCUGUUAAAAAUAAAUUUGAUCAUUAU